CCAAAAAUCCAAACACGCCCUUAUAUAUAUAUAUAUAUAUAUAUACACACACAAUUAAUGAGGGGCAGCCGGCGCCGGCGGCGAUAAAAUAAGAUGAGUUCAAUUCCGGUGAUCGACUUAAUUUCCGGCGCCGGAAAAGAUCUGAUCGGCGCGUGCGAAGAGUGGGGGUGUUUCAGGAUCGUGAAUUUCCAGGAGAUUCUGGAGGAUUCCUUGCUGCGGGAAAUGAAGGCGGUGGUCCGAUCGCUGCUGGACCUUCCGGCCGCCGUGAAGUCCCGGAACCGUGACGUCAUCGCCGGAAGUGGGUACAUGGCCCCGUCGGAGACUAACCCUCACUACGAGGCCCUCGGCCUUUUCGACAUGGCUUCUCCGCCGGACGUCCAGGCCUUCUGCUCCAACCUCGAAGCCACCCCUUACCAAAGGGAUACAAUAUUGAAGUAUGCUAAAAAAGUGAAUCAAGUGAUGAGGGAGAUUGUGCUCAAAAUAGGACAAGGGCUUGGGAUUAAUGAUGUUCCAAACUUAGAUGAUUGGAGUUGCCAAUUUAGGAUCAACAAAUAUAAUUUCAGUUCCGAAACCAUGGGUUGUCGGGGAGUCCAAUUACACACGGAUUCUAGUUUUCUUACACUUCUUCAAGACGAUGAAAAAUUCGGAGGACUUGAGAUCAUGAAGAGAAAUGGUGAAUUCCACGCCGUGGAGCCGUGCCCCGGCACUCUUCUCGUUAAUCUUGGAGAUUUGGCAACGGUAUGGAGCAAUGGAAAAUUUUUAAAUGUGAAGCACCGGGUGAUAUGCAAAGAAGUCGGCAUCAGAGUCUCGAUUGCUUCGUUCUUGUUAGGGCCGAAUGACGAGAAGAUAGUGGCGCCGCCGGAGUUGGUUGAUCUCGAGCAUCCUCGAAUGUAUGUCCCUUUUACAUUCCGAGAACUUAGAAACUUGAGAAUGUCUGAAAAAUUACAUAUCGGAGAGGCUCUUCGCUACUACUUAUGCAAAUAAAUAAAUAAAUGGAUAAAACUAUUUCAAUGAAAAAAAAUAAAAAAUUUGUACUUAUUUAAUUUUAGAACGACAAUAUAUAUCGGUAUUAAAUAUAUGUUGGUAUAUUGUUAUUGUA